CAAGACACAUAAUAGCUGACUUGCACGGCUAACAAUCGACUUGACGCUGACUGCGCAGUGACACGCAUAACUUCCAAUUCACCCCGCCACAGCUUGCACAGGGGAAAUCUAGCAGCAAACGCGCUACUGUGAAAGGGCCAACUUGCUAUGCAGAUGGAGUCCCCCUUCAAAUCCGAUAUCCUGAAGGGCCGGGUUGCUCUGGUCACAGGAGGUAGCUCUGGCAUUGGUUUUGAGAUUGCUCGACAGCUAGGCCUGCAUGGCGCGCGUUUGGGCAUCUCGGGCCGGCGUCAGGAUGUACUGGAUGCAGCGGUGGCUGCGCUGAAGGCGGAGGGCGUCACAGCCAUGGGGCUGCAGGGUGACGUGCGCAGCUCGGACGCCUGCGAGGGCUGGGUGGCGGCCCUGGGCGCGGCGUGGGGCCCGGCCCUGGACGUGCUGGUCAACUGCGCGGCCGGCAACUUCCUGGCCACCAGCGAGGAGCUGUCAGUCAACGGAUUCAAGACGGUGAUGGAGAUCGACGCGGUGGGCACGUUCACCAUGAGCCGCGCCGCCUUCCCAGCGCUAAAGCAGUCGACCUGCCGCCACGGCGCCUGCAUUACAAACAUCUCGGCCACACUGCAGUACGGCGCCACGUGGUGGCAGGCGCACGCCUCCGCCGCCAAGUCGGCCGUGGACAGUCUAACUCGCAGCCUGGCUCUGGAAUGGGGCGAGUUCAACGUGCGAGUCAACGGCGUGGCACCCGGGCCCAUUGAUGGCACCGCAGGCAUGACCAAGCUGGCCCCGGGCGCGAAGGAGCUGGUCCAGUCCACCAUCCCGCUGCGGGGCGAGAUGGGGCGCAAGUGGGACAUCGCCAUGAUGUGCCUGUUCCUGGCCUCGCCCGCAGCGGCAUUCGUGUCGGGCGACACACUUGUGGUGGAUGGGGCCAACUGGAUGUGGAAGCCGCGGCUGGUGGAGCGCGGGCAGGUCAGUCGGGCGUCACGCAACGUGGAGGGCAAGAGCCGGGCGGUUGGCACGGCGGCGGGCCAGGCGGCGCCAGCGGCCAAGCCGCGCAGCAAGUUAUAAUGAGCAAGUUGGCUAGAAUGGCAUGGUAAGGAUUGGCGUGUGUGUAGGCAACUGCGUGAGGCAACUGUGACGCGGGGCAUAGCGCGCUCGUAGGAUCAAUUGGUCGACGCCAUGAGAGCGCAAGCGAAGGAAGGGGCGUGGGUAGUUUGCUGGAAGGCAAGGGUGGAACGCCCUCCGGUGUUCGACACUUGGGCUCCAGAUUGCAAGGCAUAUUUCGUGUGGACGAAAACUUCUUUGCAUUUGAUUACUUGCGGCCCGCGUUCUGUUGAAGAGCGUGGACACGGACGUAAAUGGAGUGGACAUUGUCGCAAGCCGCGCAUUUUACUUCUCACGUAGAUCCGUGCCCAACUUGCAGUUGCGACUUGUCCAAAUGCUCAAAGUCCUUUAUCGGACGGCCUUGAUGCAAGCGCUGCGAAAGCAGCCCGGAGAGUUGCGCUGAGCUCCUGCCACGGCACGCCACGGCUCCCGCCGGCGCGUGCAGUGCUUUUGACGGUCCCGUGUU